AUGGACCGCCGUCCGGCCGGGCCCAACCGGUGCUUCGUGUGCCACCGCGUGCUCAGCUGCCAGAGCGCGCUCAAGAUGCACUACCGCACGCACACGGGGGAGAGGCCCUUCCAGUGCCACGUGUGCGGCCGUGCCUUCUCCACCAAGGGCAACCUUAAGGCGCACUACUCGGUGCACAAGGGCGUCGCGGCGGCGGCAGCGGUGAUGCCGAACGGAGGCGGGGCCUCCUUACCUGGCGGCUCGAGCCGGGAGAAGAACGGGAACGGAGCCUUGGGGUUCCACCCGGAGAGGCGCUCGCAGGCCUCGGCGGAGCCGGCCGCCGCCGCUGGCCUCAAGCGACUGCGCUCCGAGCGCCUGGAGGAGCAACUCUCGAAGAGACUCGCGGUGGCGGCGGCGGCGGCGGCGUCGUCGCCGCGACACCGCGUCGAGCAACGACGUCCGCUGACGUCGCCCAACGGGGACGGGCAGAGACCACGAGGGGGCGACGAGGCGGAGAGCGAGGCCGACGCUCCGGACCGCCGCCAGGACCCGCGGUCCGGCAGCGACGGCGACAAUGACAUCGGUGACGGAAGCUCGCCGAACGGGAGCGGGGCUCCCCUGCUCCCUGCCCCCCCUCCUCCUCCUCUUGCCCCUCCUCCGCUAUGCCCCUCGACGCUGCCGGCCAUCGUGAGCCAGCUGGUGGCGCUGCAGCGGCAGCAGGUCCAGCAGCUGCGGCUCAUCGACGAGAUCCGCGAGCAGAUCGUGCUCAUCGCCCCGCACGCGUCCUUUACGGCCCGUGGGGGCAAGCGGCCGCGUCCCACCGCCGGCGGACCUUCCCCGGGAGCCCAGCAGCUCUGCAGAGACUUCGACGGAGGGGACGAGCCACCGCUCCCUUCCAUCCCGAGCGGCCCCGCGUCCCCGCCGGCGGCGUCCUCCUCCUCCCCGCGGCGCAAUGCGAACGCGUCGCCGUUCGGCGCGGACCCCAUCGGACUCCGCUCCCACCUCCGCGGGACGUCCGCCGCCGGCGGCACCGCGACCCGAUCGAUGGCCGCCAGCCAGCCCGUCGCCACCGACGACUUCGCAGACGGCCGGCUCUCUCCGGAGAGCGCGCCCAGGAUCAAGGUGAAGUCCGAGGCGUUCGGCGGAGACGGGGCCCCGGAGUCACGCUCUGGCUCUGGCGAGCGCCGGGCGCUCGGAAACCGCCAGGCUGGCCGAGCGGGCCUCGGCUCGCGCCUGCGCGGUCAUGGGGAGGCGUUGACGCGCCUCGGCCAUGACCCCCGCGUCGGCUUUCCCGAGCGCCCGCGAAUCCCUUUCGGGGCAACCUUCAGCGGCGACGAGGACGCGGCGGCGGCGAUGCUGGCGGCGUCAUCGUCGUCGAUGUCCGGCUUCGGCGGCGAUCCGGCGUCGCUGUCAUCGCGCCUGGUCGGAGCGCGGGCCUCGUGGCGGCGCGGGCCUCGUGGCCGCGAGCCGCACGCCGUUCCGUUCGGCUACGAGGGACCGGGAGGCGGGGACGCGGCGGGAGACGCGGGCAGACCCCCGCGAGCGCCCGAGACGUCCAAGCUGCAGCAGCUCGUGGAGCGGAUGGACCGCCGUCCGGCCGAGCCCAACCGGUGCUUCGUGUGCCACCGCGUGCUCAGCUGCCAGAGCGCGCUCAAGAUGCACUACCGCACGCACACGGGGGAGAGGCCCUUCCAGUGCCGCGUGUGCGGCCGUGCCUUCUCCACCAAGGGCAACCUUAAGGCGCACUACUCGGUGCACAAGGGCGUCGCGGCGGCGGCGGCGGCGGCGGCGGCGGUGAUGCCGAACGGAGGAGAAGGAGGAGGUGGCAGCCCGGACGCCGAAGCCGAAGGGGGCGCGGGCGGGGACGAGGAGGACGAAGAGGUCGAGGAGGUCGAGGAGGAGGAAGAGGAGGGGGGUGGCGGCGCUGCGGACCGGGACGACUGGACGUCCGAGUACGGGAGCUCCGACGCGGGCGACCACGACGGGUGGCGAGCCCCCGCCGCCCGCUGGCCGAGCCCGGAAUCUCCGGCGCCGCGGACGACGGGCGUCGGGCCGGAGCCCCGCGAGCGGCCGCGCGGCCACGGCGGCUCGGGGACGGCGUCGCCGCCGAGCCCGCCGGGCGACCGGGCGUCGGAGAGCUCCGUGGCCUCGGCGUCACCUCCGUCGCCGCGGGACGCCGGCCCCGAACCGAGGGUGGAGGCGGGGGCCGGCGGAGCGGAGGGGUCGCGUCCCGGCAGCGGCGGCCGCCCGGCGUUCGCCGGCCGGGACCGCGAGCGCGCGCGCUGCGUGGCGUGCCUCGCGUGCGGCAAGACCUUCUCGUGCCAGAGCGCGCUCGAGAUCCACCACAGGAGCCACACGAAGGAGCGGCCCUUCCUCUGCACCUACUGCGGCCGCGGCUUCAGCACCAAGGGCAACCUGAAGCAGCACCUGAUGACCCACCGCGCCGACCUGCCCGCCGACGCCGUGGCCCUGUUCGCGGCGGGCGGCGCGGAGCCGGGGUGCUUCCCGCCGAUCUCGGCGUUCGGCGGCGCGGGCGAAGCGCGGACGGCUCCGGCCGCGGGCGUCGGCGAGCGACCGUCGCUCGUCGCGUCUUCGCACGGAAUUCCGCCGGCGGGGUGUCCGUCGUCGCCGACGGCGGCGGCGGCGGGCCGGCGCUCGCACAAGCAGCGGGACUGCCCCACGUGCGGCAAGGCGUUCUCUUCGAGCAGCGCCCUGCAGAUCCACGAGCGCACCCACACGGGGGAGAGGCCCUUCGCGUGCAGCGUCUGCGGGCGAGCGUUCACCACCAAGGGCAACCUCAAGGUGCACAUGGGCACCCACGUGUGGAGCAACAGCACCGUCACGAGGAGGGGCAGGCGAGUGUCACUGGAGGGUCCCCUCCUCCUACUCAGCGGGCUCCCCCCCACCUCCUCCGCGUUACCAUCGGGAAUUCCAGUCGGGAGCUUUGGCGGCGCUGGCGGCCACACGAACCUGGCUCUCUGGCCGGAUCACCGUCGCUCCACCAACGCCGCCGUGAUUCUCAACGCGGCGACGGUGACGGUGGCGCCUCCCUUCACUCGCGCCGCUGUUGCUCACGGCGGCGGCGGCGACCCCCUGAUCACCUGCGCCUGA